AGCAGGACGUCAGAAAGGGAGCUUCAAGGGGCCUCAGGAUGGACCCCGUCGAGGACACACUGCGGCGGCUGCGGGAGGCCUUCAACGCGGGGCGGACGAGGCCGGCCGAGUUCCGGGUUGAGCAGCUGAAGGGCCUGAGCCGCUUCCUGCAGGACAACAGGCAGCUGCUGCAGGACGCACUGGCCCAGGACCUGCACAAGUCAGCCUUCGAGUCUGAGGUGUCUGAGAUUGUCAUCAGCCAGGGUGAAGUGGACUUAGCCCUCAGGAACCUUCAGGCCUGGAUGAAAGAUGAGAGUGUGUCCAAGAACCUGGCCACACAGCUGGACUCUGCCUUCAUCCGGAAGGAGCCUUAUGGCUUGGUGCUCAUCAUUGCCCCCUGGAACUACCCCCUGAACCUCAUGCUGGUGCCCCUGGUGGGGGCCAUCGCGGCAGGAAACUGUGUGGUACUGAAGCCAUCAGAGAUCAGCAAGAACACUGAGAAGGUCCUGGUUGAAGUGCUGCCCCGCUACCUGGACCAGAGCUGUUUUGCCGUGGUGCCAGGUGGGCCCCAGGAGACUGGGAAGCUGCUGGAGCACAAGUUUGACUACAUUUUCUUCACAGGAAGCCCUCAUGUAGGCAAGAUCGUCAUGACCGCAGCCGCCAAGCACCUCACACCUGUCACCCUGGAGCUGGGCGGCAAGAACCCAUGCUAUGUGGAUGACAACUGUGACCCCCAGACUGUGGCCAACCGUGUGGCCUUCUUCCGCUAUUUCAACACCGGCCAGACUUGCGUGGCCCCCGAUUACAUCCUGUGCAGCCCUGAGAUGCGGGAGCGGCUGCUGCCCGCCCUGCAGAGCGCCAUCACCCGUUUCUAUGGAGACGACCCCCAGAGCUCCCCCAACCUGGGCCGCAUCAUCAACCAGAAACAUUUCAAGCGACUCCAGGGACUGCUGGGCUGUGGCCGCGUGGCCAUCGGUGGCCAGAGCGAUGAGAGCGACCGCUACAUCGCGCCCACGGUGCUGGUGGACGUGCAGGAGACGGAACCAGUGAUGCAGGAGGAGAUUUUCGGGCCCAUCCUGCCCCUGGUGACCGUGAGGAGCCUGGAUGAGGCCAUUGACUUCAUCAACCGGCGGGAGAAGCCGCUGGCCCUGUACGCCUUCUCCAACUGCAGCCAGGUGGUCAGAGAGGUGCUGGCACGGACCAGCAGCGGGGGCUUCUGUGGGAACGACGGCUUCAUGCACAUGACCCUGGCCAGCCUGCCGUUCGGAGGUGUAGGUGCCAGUGGAAUAGGCAGGUACCAUGGCAAGUUCUCCUUUGACACCUUCUCCCAUCAGCGUGCCUGCCUGCUGCGCAGCCCAGGAAUGGAGAAGAUCAAUGACAUCCGCUACCCACCCUACUCACCACGCAACCUGAGGCUGCUGCUGCUGGCCAUGGAGGACUGCAGCUGCCGUUGCACACUGCUCUGAGACCCUCAGGUGCUCUGCCUGCCAUGUAGCUGCUGCAGAGGUGGCCUGGGGUACAGGGCACCAGGAGACUAGCUCAGACUAGAGCUGCCCUCCCCCCUCAGAGGCUUCCCUUUAAGGUUUGCUCCCCAGUGAGAUGGCUGAGGGUGGGAGCAUGGGAAAAGGUGUGGGAACCCACCCCUUCCCCAUGCUAGUCACCAUAGCUGGGGAAGAGGGCAGACACAGCACUUCUGAGCCACCUGCCUUCUUGUGGAGGGUGCAGCUGUGGAGCCCUGGGACCUCUGUGAUCUGCUAUCCCUGCAUUCUCUGAGCCUCAGUCUCCCAUCUGUACAGUGGAGAUGAUGAACAAUUGAUACCUCUAGAGAUUGUUAGGAGAAUUAAACUAAGGAGUUACUAACCCCAAUCUCCAGGUGUCCUGCGUUUUCUGUUGGGGUGUGAUGGGGCUGCCUCUCUCUUCUCUGUCCUGCCAGGUAAGGCUCAGACCUCUCUGCACACUGGAUCUGCAGCAUUACCCAGGGGACUCCUACUCCUUUCCUGAGGCCUCAUCUUCGAGGUUUCCAUUCACUCGGCAGCCAAAGCCAACAUCCUGGCCUCCCACUUGGCACCCCAAGCCCUGGUGAUUCUGUAAGCCCCAGGAUAGCUCCCAUUCAUACCCAAAUCAGGAUGCCAGGGCCAGGCCUGCUGCGGGCCAUCGCCCACCCUCCCCCAGUCGGGGAUCUUUCCUCAGUUCACCUACGGACCCUCCCAAGCUGGACCAUGUCACUCCUCUGCCUGAGACCCCUUCGUGGCUCCCUGUGGUCCACAAGUCCCGCUUCUGCAACAGUCCCGGACACGGGUCUACCUUCGCUCACUCUGUCCUCUUCACACGCUGGACCUGCCCCAUUUUUACCGUCAGCUUAGGCACAAUCACCUCCAGGAAGCCUUCCCUGACCACCACCCGGACAACACACGCAGCCUGCCUCAGGGGCGUCUCAGUGUACGCAGCCCCUGCGGGUCCCUCUACUACAGAACGCCAAGAAAGGCCCUUAGUGAGAGGACAUUCAGGACUCGCGAGCCACACGGAUGCAGAUGCAGAAUGAAGUGCUAGUGAUGGAUCCUCUCUACGGGGCUGCUGUGAGGACCAGAUGAAGCAGCGCGGCUGAGGUGUCCGCGCGUUGCUGCUGGGG